CAAAACGUUUCACCGUCAGUCCAUUCGGAACGGCCGCGUCAAGCGGACGAGAGGAGCACACACGCGCGCGCACAAGCGACCAUAAACGACCGGUGAACCGGUGCCAUCGGCAGUUCAUCCAUCCGGGAACCGCGGGUGAUCUCAGUUUGUUCGCACGUACGUACCCGUGGUGGUAGUGGUGGUGGUCGCGUUGGAAGCAACAGUGCUUUGCCAGAGUUUUCGUGUGCAAAAACAAUAGAAUUUUUAUCCGAUUUCCACUGUCACAUCUGUCAAACGACUGGACCUAAGCUCAUCCUACAGUGUACCCGGUGCGUUUCGUUGGAAAAAUGGAGACUCAUCCAAUGGAUGAAUUUUGCGGCUCUCGGUUUUGGGACUUAAAUCUCACCUGGUACACGGACGAUCCAGAUCUAACGCCAUGCUUCCAGCAGACCGUACUGGUGUGGGCACCGUGUGCAUUUCUUUGGCUGUUCUCCUUUCUGGAGCUGUACUAUCUGCGAAAAAGCGCCAACAAAGAUGUACCGUGGAGCUUCGUCAACGUAACCAAGCUGCUGGUCAUCGGUUCGCUGAUCGUACUUACUAUCGUUGAUCUCGCAAAGGCAAUCUCAACGGACGGCAUAUCGGCACCACUGUUCUAUUAUACGCCGGUGAUAAAGCUCGCCUCUUUCAUCUUUGUGGCUAUCCUGAUCUACCUCAACAAGCAUUAUGGCAUGCGAACGUCGGGGCUGUUGUUCCUGUUCUGGUUCCUGCUGACCGUGUGCAGCAUACCACGAGUACGCACUGAAAUCCGUGCCUACGAAGCCCGUAUCGUCGAAGAUUCGUGGGCAGAGUAUCAGUUUGUGAGCUUUCUGAUAUUCUUUUCCCUCACGUGCAUCAUGUUUCUGCUCAAUUUCUUCGUCGACAAGCCACCGCGCCAAUCGAAGUACGAAAUCACCGAUAAGGAUUGUCCCGAGUUGGCCGCCAGCUUCCCAUCGCGCAUCUUUUUCGCCUGGUUCGAUCGGUUAGCCUGGGUCGGCUUCCGCAAGCCACUGGAGGUGGACGAUCUGUGGAAAAUGAAGCCCGAAGACUCGUCCAAGGAGGUGUCGCCGGCUUUCCUGCACCAUUGGAACGAAACCCUCGAGAAGACGUACCAGUCGCGUGAAACGAGCAAUGACGUCACUUUUAAGAAGCUGGGAAACUCGGCACGUGUUGAUUUUCGUACCACGAAAGCUAAAAAUAUCGCUUCCAUUCUACCGGCACUGAUCAAAACGUUCGGUGGAACGUUCCUGCUCGGUUCGUUCCUUAAACUUGGCCAGGAUUUGUUGACCUUUGCCUCGCCCCAGAUCCUGAAGCUCAUUAUCGGGUUUGUGGGCGGUGAAGAGCCGAUGUGGAAAGGUUUGAUGUACGCAAUCACCCUGUUCGUUGUUGCCGGAACGCAGACGCUGCUGCUGGGACAAUAUUUCAACCGGAUGUUCUUCGUUGGACUGCGUAUCCGUACCGCACUGAUCAGUGCCAUCUAUCGCAAGGCGCUGAUCAUUUCCAACAGUGCGCGAAAAGGUUCGACCGUCGGUGAAAUUGUGAAUCUAAUGGCGGUCGAUGCGCAACGCUUCAUGGACUUAACGACGUACAUUAAUAUGAUCUGGAGUGCCCCACUGCAGAUUGGUCUGGCACUGUACUUUUUGUGGCAAAUUUUGGGCCCUUCCGUGUUGGCCGGGUUGGCUGUGAUGAUCAUUCUCAUUCCAGUGAAUGGUGUAAUUGCCAACAUGAUCAAAACGCUCCAAAUCAAGCAAAUGAAGAACAAGGACGAGCGUGUGAAGCUAAUGAACGAGGUCCUCAGUGGUAUUAAGGUACUUAAAUUGUACGCUUGGGAGCCAAGCUUCGAGCAGCAGAUACUUAAAAUCCGUGACAAGGAGGUGAAGGUGCUGAAAUCGGCCGCUUACUUGAACGCUGGAACAUCAUUUAUCUGGUCGUGUGCACCAUUUUUGGUGUCGUUGGUCACUUUUGCCACCUAUGUGCUGGUGGAUGAGAAUAAUGUACUGGAUGCAAGCACAGCUUUCGUUUCACUUUCGCUUUUCAACAUCCUACGGUUUCCCCUGUCCAUGUUGCCCAUGCUCAUCUCUAAUAUGGUGCAAACCAGCGUUUCUGUGAAUCGCAUCAACACUUUCCUGAAUCAGGAAGAACUGGACCCUGACAAUGUGCAGCAUGACGAAAAGGAGUCUUCUCCUCUGCUAAUUGAAAAUGGCGUCUUCUCGUGGGGCGGCGAGGAAACCACGCUCAAGAACAUCAACGUACGCGUCGAGAAGAAUCAAAUAGUGGCCGUCGUCGGUACGGUCGGAUCGGGCAAGAGCUCGCUGCUGUCGGCGUUCCUUGGCGAGAUGGACAAAAUAUCGGGACGCGUCAAUACGCUUGGGCGCAUCGCGUACGUCAGCCAGCAGGCAUGGAUACAGAACGCUACCCUAAAGGACAACAUCCUGUUCGGCAAACCAAUGGACCAGCGACGGUACGCUCGCGUGAUUGAAGCGUGCGCCCUGAAGCCCGACAUUGAGAUGCUGCCCGGCGGCGACAUGACGGAAAUCGGUGAGAAGGGCAUCAACUUGUCCGGCGGUCAGAAGCAGCGCGUUUCACUUGCCCGUGCGGUGUACAACGAUGCCGAUGUGUACUUCCUGGACGAUCCGCUCAGUGCGGUGGACUCGCACGUUGGAAAGCACAUCUUCGAGCAGGUGAUCGGGCCGAGUGGGUUGCUGGCGAAAAAGACGCGCGUGCUGGUGACGCACGGCAUUACCUACCUGCCCAACACGGACAAGAUAUUUGUGUUGCGGGAGGGUGAAAUUUCGGAAAGCGGCACGUACCAGGAGCUGAUGGAUAAGAAGGGCGCGUUCGCGGAGUUCCUGAUUCAGCAUCUGCAGGAGGUCAGCGAGGAGGAAGAGGAUUUGGAUGAGAUCAAGCAGCAGCUGGAGAAUAGUGUCGGUGGAGAGGAAUUGUUGAAUCAGCUGAAGCGCUCCAACAGCAAACGAUCGCGCAGCGAAAGCACCUCGGAAACUGGCUCGGUAAAAGACAUUUCGCGUCAAAACUCCACAACGGAUAGCAACACAAGCUUGCGUCGCCGAACGUCCGAAAAGGCUCCAGAGGUGGCGAAAACGAAGCUUAUCGAGCAAGAAAAAUCGGAAACUGGCAGUGUCAAAUGGGAAGUGUACAAGCAUUAUCUCAAGAGCAUCGGCUUAACGCUCUCGGUAGCGACCGUGAUUCUCAACAUGAUCUUCCAAGGCUUCUCGAUUGGCUCGAACCUCUGGUUGUCGCGCUGGUCUACGGACGAUACGGCCGGAAAUGAUACCAGCCGUCGGGAUAUGUAUCUCGGCGUGUACGGUGCAUUCGGAGCCGGUCAAGUGCUAAGCACCUUCCUGUCGACGUUGUUCCUUUACAUUGGCGCGCUGGAAGCGUCCCGGACGCUGCACAAGACGCUGCUACGGCGCGUGCUGCACGCACCACUGACCUCCUUUUUCGACAUCACGCCCGUCGGCCGGGUGCUGAACCGGUUCAGCAAGGAUAUUGACACGACGGAUUCCGAUCUGCCGGCGACCCUGCGCGCCUGGAGUGCCUGCUUUUUCGGGGUGGUUGCCACCCUGGUAGUGAUCAGCAUUUCGACUCCGAUCUUUGCCGCUGUGAUCGUGCCGAUCGGUAUUCUGUACUAUGCCGUGCAGCGCUUCUAUGUCGCCACAUCGCGGCAGCUGAAGCGCUUGGAGUCGGUGUCCCGUUCGCCGAUCUAUUCACACUUUGGCGAAACCAUCCAGGGCGUGCAGACGAUCCGUGCUUACAGUGUGCAGGAUAGAUUCAUAUUGGAGUCGGAUGAAAAAGUGGACGGAAACCAGCUGUGCUACUGUCCGAGCAUCAUCGCCAACCGCUGGCUUGCCGUACGGCUUGAGAUGGUCGGUAAUUUGAUCAUUCUGUUUGCUGCCCUGUUCGCCGUGCUUGGUCGCGAAACGAUGAACGCCGGUCUGGUUGGGCUGUCCGUGUCGUACGCACUGCAGAUCACGCAAACGCUUAACUGGCUGGUGCGCAUGACAUCCGACGUGGAGACGAACAUAGUGGCGGUGGAGCGUAUCAAGGAGUACGGCGAGACGAAGCAGGAAGCCGCAUGGGAGCUGCCGAACAGCACGCUGCCCCGCGAUUGGCCGGAGCAGGGUAUGGUGGAGUUCCGCGACUUCCAGGUGCGGUACCGCGAGGGGCUGGAGCUGGUACUGCGCGGCAUCUCGUUCACGGUGAACGGUGGCGAAAAGGUCGGCAUCGUCGGGCGUACCGGCGCGGGCAAGUCUAGCCUGACGCUGGCACUGUUCCGCAUCAUCGAGUCGGCCGGUGGUUCGAUCGUGAUCGACGGGCAGGACAUUUCCCAGCUCGGUCUGCAUGCGCUCCGCUCGCGGCUCACCAUCAUCCCGCAGGAUCCGGUCCUGUUCUCUGGCACGCUGCGCAUCAAUCUCGAUCCGUUCAAUGCACAUUCGGACGAUGACAUCUGGAAGGCGCUGGAACAUGCGCAUCUGAAAUCGUUCGUUAAAGGCCUUACUGCGGGAAUCAACCACGAAGUUACGGAAGGUGGCGAAAAUCUGUCCGUUGGCCAGCGACAGCUCAUCUGUUUAGCUCGUGCCCUGCUACGCAAGACGAAGGUGCUCAUCCUGGACGAAGCAACGGCUGCCGUGGAUCUGGAAACGGAUGAUCUGAUCCAGCGCACCAUUCGCACGGAGUUUAAGGACUGUACGGUGCUGACGAUCGCACACCGUCUGAACACCAUCAUGGACUCGGACAAGGUGAUCGUGCUUGACAAGGGCCAGAUCGUGGAGUUCGCACCGCCGGCCGAGCUGCUGCAAUCGAAGAAUUCCGCCUUCUACAGCAUGGCCAAGGAUGCCGGUUUGGUGUAAGGAUUCAAUCUUAACUAUUAGCCUUAUUAGCACUUUCUUUAGUACACGUGAAUUCACUUCAUUUCGUGGCACACACACACACACUCUCUGAGAUUGCUAUUUAUAUGUGUGUGUGAGUGACUGUUUUUCUGUUUUUUUUCUGGUUGAAUUUGUUUCAUUUUUUGUUUGAAUUUUCACUUUCUUGACAAUCAAACAAUGCGGUUAGUAAAGUUUUUUGAAACUUUUCACAUUUUCAUGUAAUGUCCAUGCGGCGUAUAAGAACUCGCAUGAAGGUUUAAUUUGUAUUUUUGUUUUCGUUUGUUUUGUUCUUUUCUUAACUUUGUUUUUUGGUUUAGCUAAUAUUUGGAGGCUUAAUUCUAACGAAAUUACGUUUGUUUACGUUAAGCUUCGCCCUAACCGUUAGCUUCGUUUGUGAACUUUUGUUUUUUGUUUAUUUAGUUUUUUCUUCUUUAAUAAUUUUGUCGAAACAACAACACAUUCUAUACACACUCUCAUAGCCAGAAAACUAAGGAAGCAAAAAGGCUAGCAUAUUUACUUUCUGUGCACGAUUUGCAUUUACUUAAUAUGAUACGUGUUUACUUAUCUUUAGUGUAAUUGGUUACUGUUUACUUAAAGUACGAAUUAUAGAGAAUUUUUGUUUUGUUUGCUACAACAAAUUCAUUAAAAAAAAAACUUUGUAAAAGCCGAGCAACAGUAAAAACAUACUCAUACGUGUACUUACUAUGACGGGUAAGGGGGAAAUGUUCCAGUAUUUCGUACAGCAGCAGGUGAAUCACUACUGAGUGAAUAAUGACACACACACAUCACAAUACUAACUGUAACAUGGCCAUCCGUUGUGUAAAACUUAAUUCCACUGCUAAUGAUGAGGCAAAAACAAAAAAAAAAACAAAUUCCGGUUUUCCCACAAAUUAUUCGUGUUUUUAUGUUAUGCUUAAGUUCAUGUGUGUUCAAUGUCAUUUGGUCAGAUUUCGAUAUUCUCAAACGAUGUGUAAUCUUUUUAAGGCUAAGAGUCUUUUUAUAUAGUUUAAUAUACACGAACACGAAGUAAGAAAGAAGAAGAAAAAGGUAAAAUAAAGCCAACGAUACGAAAAGCUAAACAAAAAAAGAAUAAUGGGCAUAAUUAAAAAAGGGUACAAAUAUAUACAGAUGCGACUUAUGCAGGGAAUCGAUAAGGCCAACCUUCAAUUGCAAACCAGUAACAUGUGUUCAUAUGCAUUAACUACAAUAGCCAUAACCAUAAAGCGCGUACAGAGCCAGGAACUGCUAACUUUUGCAUUCUCUAAUGAACAUUCUUUAUACACAAACAACCCAUUUUUUUGCUUUUAACGAUUAUGCUUCUGCAAUAUUUUAGCUAAACACAAAGCUCAAUAGGGCGCCGCAAUGUCUUAAUACAAUAGUUAGGAUAUGAACCAGUUACCGAGCUGUAGGAUAGUUCCUAGGACAUCAUACAGUUCCUGAUUAUUAAAGUUUUCCUGCCCCUUAAGGUAUUCUGUACGAAAUUCACAAGAAAGGCAAUAAUAACACUACUCUUUUAUUGAAAACACACACUCACAAUUCGCUCAAAAGUGCCUUUACCGUGUAAAUUGUGGUGUUUUAUUACAAAAACAAAAAAAAAAUGCAUAGCAUAACAUUCAUACAUAGUGUUCUAAAGAAACUUAACACAUUGAUUACGUUAAGGAGAGGAGGGAGCGUUAAGGUGCGCCACAUACAUUUACAGUUCAAUACUACUAACGCAACAUCAUCUAACAACAACUACCGCAAGAGUAUCUGUGUUUCGUUCAUACACUGUGCAUACACUGUGACAAGUAAAUAAAGAAUCUUACAUUGUUAUUUUGAA